GCAACAACAAGAAAGAAGAAGGCACCUGCAUAAAACAAACGUAACUUGUGAUUAUUUAUAUUAGAAAUAAAUUGAAUGUACUUAAAUUAGAAGAAAAAUAUUUUCGUAUAAUUGCAACAAGUGAUGAACGAUUGCUGCAACGCUGAGAUGCAUGGUCAGGCAUUUCACAGCAUGUUAGAAACAAUUGUUGAUUCGAAAAUUAUAUCAAUUGAAGUAUUUACGGCAGCGAUUGGUAUUUUGUUUGUGGUGGUGCUGCUUAAAAACAAAUUCAGAAGUUUCUGCGGAACCUGAACUAAAUAUGUAUACAUUUGAUUAUUUAGUUUUAAUAAA